AUGGCCCUGAGCUCAGAUGGAGAGAAUGGGGGCCAUAGUCCAGUGAGGAUCAUGGUUGGAGGUAGGGGGCAUGACCUAUGGCAGGUCACACUGGACCCCCAGAAGGGGCCGGAGCUGGGGUCAGAGGCCACCUCCUCCAUUCUCUGCCCCACCCCGCUAAGUGUCGUCUCUAGUAGCAAAGACACAGGGAGGGUCGAGACCCAGCCUGGGGAACUGGACAUAGGGCCCAAAUUGGAACCCCACCACCUCCUCCUGGGCACCUGCUCUGCCAAGACCCUGCCCCUGCAUCUGGCCCCAGAACCUUCAGCUAUAGCCUCAAGUCUGCGGAGUGGAGAUGCUCUUUCAAUUCCUGCCCAGGGCUGCCACCUGCUGGCUACGAGUGGCCUUGCAGAAACUGGACCCUGGCAGAAGCUGGGUGUGGCUGUGCCCCAGGAUGACUGCCUCUUAGAAACCUUCCAAACCCCAGCGGCCUGUGGACAAGGGCCUUGUCUUCUUGCCCCCAGAUUGGAAGAGAAAGAGCGGCCAUUGCACAGGGGAAGGCUGGACAUGUCUGAGGCACUGUCCUGCCCCGGCAAUAAGCCCCCAGCCCCAGGCUGCAGGCUGGGGGCCCUGUACUGGGCCUGUGCCCAUAAUGACUCCACUCAGCUCCAAGCCAUACUGGAUGGAGGGGUCUCCCCAGAGGAGGCCACCCAGGUGGACCGCAAUGGGAGGACAGGCCUCAUGGUCGCAUGCUACCACGGCUUCGGGAAUGUUGUGGCCCUGCUCAGCCGCUGUUCCUUCCUGGAUGUGAACCAGCAGGACAAAGAUGGGAACACAGCGCUCAUGCUGGCUGCCCAAGCAGGCCACGCGCCUCUGGUGAGUCUCCUGAUCAACUACUACGCGGGGCUGGACCUGGAGCGCCGGGACCAGCGGGGGCUCACGGCAUUGAUGAAGGCUGCCAUACGGGACCGCUCCGAAUGUGCUGACCUGACAGCAGUGGAUCCUGUGAGGGGCAAGACAGCCCUGGAGUGGGCAGUACUGACUGACAGCUUCGACACAGUGUGGAGGAUCCGGCAGCUGCUGCGGCGGCCACAAGCGGAGCAACUCAGCCAGCACUACCAGCCUGAGUGGCCGGCCUUGGCGGGGCUCGUGGCCCAGGCCCAGGCCCAGACCCAGGCUGCUCCAUCCCUCCUAGAGCGGCUACAGGGCGCCUUAAGCCUCCCUUUUGGCCAGUCUCCUCAGGAGGGGGGUGUCCUGGACCACCUUGUGACUCUCACGACCAGCCUGGCCAGUCCCUUCCUCACCACUGCCUGCCACACUCUGUGCCCUGACCACCCGCCUACACUGGGCACUCGAAGCAAGUCUGUGCCGGAGCUGCUAGGUACUGCCCCGCCCCCUCCCCCAGCCCCCUCCCCUCCCCUGGUAGUCUCUGGCCCCCGAGUCUUUGUCCCCUACCAGAGCCCUCAGGGUAUAUUGAGUGUGUGUCCUCAGUGGCUACAGCCUAGGGACAGUACCAGCCCGAGGCCCCAAGUCCCCAAGAUCCUCCUCUCCAAAGCAUCCUCAUCCUCCUACCAGCGCAAGCCGAACCCCAGUCCUACGGGGAAUCGAUGUCUGGCCCUUCCUCUCUGGCGAUAUCAGCAGCUCAGGAUGGAGAGGAGGAGGCAGGAGGAGGGCUAG